AUGGAAUUUAGUAACGAAACCAAAGAAACCUUUAAAAUUCAAACAACAAAGGUUACGCAGUUAUUAUCAAAUGAAGUGAAAAAGCAACAAGUGACGAAUGAUAUGGUUGCGUGUACCUCAUGUGGUGAUAAUAUUUUGUCCAAGUAUUAUCUUCGCGUGGCCGAUAAAUUAUUUCACGAAGAAUGUCUUCAAUGUACAAUUUGCAAAUUAUCACUCGAAUCGCAUAAAUCAUGUUUUAUAAAAGGAAUUCAAAUAUUUUGCCGUCAAGAUUAUUAUAAGCGUUAUGGCAGUAUAAAAUGUUCAAAAUGUGGUAGAAACAUUCAGCCAAGUGAUUGGGUCCGUCGUGCAAAAGAACAUGUUUAUCAUUUGGCUUGUUUUGCUUGCAAUUCAUGCAAAAGACAACUAUCCACUGGAGAAGAGUUUGCAUUAUUAAAUUCAGCUGUGUUAUGCAAAACACACUAUUGUGAAAGUUCAGAAAAUGAUGAUCCAAAACAAGGCAAGGCGAAACGGGUUAGAACAACGUUCACCGAAGAACAACUUCAAGUACUACAAGCAAAUUUUGAAGUAGAUUCGAAUCCAGAUGGACAAGAUCUCGAGAGAAUAGCACAAAUUACGGGUUUGAGUAAAAGGGUUAUUCAAGUUUAUUUUCAAAAUACUCGAGCAAGACAAAAGAAAAUCCGCGAUAAAAACGUGCACGAACUUCGCCAUCAACAACAGCAAGAACAACAACAACAAAUAAGCUUAAGUACGAUGGUAGGUAACGUCGAUAAAUCAAAAGACGAUAUGCCUGUCAGCGAUGAUUUUCAUAAUAUGCCGUCCAGACAUUGUCAUCAAUUAAAAUUGAAUGUAAAUCUAAUGAAUCAUCGCAGUUCGAUUAGACAACAUCAUUAUUUAUUUCUAUUGACUCACGGAGAAAAAUAUUUGGUUAAAUCAGAUGCAAGCGAAGAUCAGCAGGAUACAUUGAGUACAAAUCACUGGUCGAAUGAACAAAACUCCCCUUCAAUGAUAUAUGAUGCUGAGAACAGUCUGGACGUGAGUACAGAUGAAUAUUCCACUGGAUUCAUCUAA